CCCCCCUGUGGAGGGAGAGGCCGAGUCUGGGCCGGCUGCUGUCCGGGGGUCCUUAGAUAUGAAUAUCCCAUCGUCCUUCUCCAGAAUAGAAAGAUGUGGGGGGCACGGGCCCGUUUUGUGCUGUGAGGGCUGUGGAUGGGUUCAGGACUGCUCCUUUGUCUUUCAAAGCGGCAGCAGAAGUCAUUCAGCUCGUUGGCCAGGCGGAGGUCGUUCAUGGAGUGAGCAGCUUGUAGCUGGUGGUCUGUCUGAGGCCUCUCAGGACUGGAGCCUCUGUGAAAACACACGCUUGGCGUCUCUGACCGCCUCGCCGAAGAACCUGUGUUUUACACAAGUCCCUGUCCCCACUUCUAAACGUCUGAUCCUCGAGCAGCCGCAGGUGUCUGAGAUCUGCUGUAAACCAGAGUUUGUCAUUGUUGUAACUCACCCUGGUGCAUGAUGGGACACGGCUGUCUUCCCAGAAACUGAUGUAUGUCGCCUAGGCCCCUGCCUCAUCUAGACUACUGGUAGCAGUCUUGAAAAUAUUGCAGUCUGUACAGUGCAGACCCACCUGUAGAUCCUCCCUACAACAGGCUUACAGCGUUUCUGCCUGUAUGCAGGAAUCCAAUGCAUCAGCGCGUGGUCAGUGUCCCGUGCAGCGUGAGGGAUGGCGUCCAGUGGUCCAGUGUGUUCUCCUCUGGUGGAGCAUUUAACUAAUUGACUGUGUUUGGAGAGUCCAUGGCUGAGGUUUCCUUUGUUCCUUUUAUUAAAGUCUCCAAGGACAAUAACCAAGGAGUAAAUAGGAAAUAAAUAGGAAUUGAUUUAAAAAAUGGCCUCUCCUUAAUUUAUUAAAAAUAGUCAUAAACCCCUUGAGGAUUGUUACAUGUCUUUGUCCGCCUCACGCUGCACCUCAUUUAGAAUCCUAUGAAUAGAAAUCCUGCUUCCAUGCUCUGGCUGAAACCUGUUUGACAACAGUAUGAAGCUCAGCCUGCCGUUUGAACCGAGAGCUGCUUUCUCCAAAGCUCUCGUGCAACUUCCUUUAACUUUUGUACAAUCGUUCUGCGACCACUGAAGUUGACAUUGUUUCCCGCUACAUUAAAUGAUAAAGUUCUCAAAAAGUCCGUGCUGUCAGCUGCAAAUCUAUGUGAACCACAGAAGCCAACUCGCGUGACGCAAGUGUGCAGUUGAAGAGUUGUCACAUGUAAAUCUGGAUAUUCCUGACUUCCCUGUACUGACUAUAUCCUCUUCUAACUCGACAUAUAUAAUCGUCUCCGGCAGGUUCUCUCAUAAGUCAAAGCUCUCUUAACGACCUCACACCUUUUUCUUGCUGCUCGGUUUGACCCUGGAUAUUGAGGCAAGAUAAUGUCUAACACGGCAUCGUCAACAUACGUCUGCUUGUUCUUCGCCUGCUGCUUGUGUUACAGCGAAGCUCUGCCGGCUAAACUCAACCCCGAGGCUGUGAGCGACCGACCUGUGAUCGGUAUCCUGACCCAGAUAGUUUCAGACGAGGAAAUGAAACCGUUCGGGAGGACCUACAUACCUUCCUCCUAUGUGAAAUUCAUCGAGUCCGGGGGAAGCAGAGUGAUGGCGAUCCGAUUGACUCUUAAAACCACUGAAUAUGAAAAAAUCUUCAGUAAUAUCAAUGGCUUGCUUCUCAUCGGGGGAGCAGCUGACUUAGAGACAUCAGACUUUGCCAGGGUGGCAAAGAUUUUUUACAGACUCGCUCUGAUGGCCAAUGAUGCCGGGGACUAUUUCCCCAUCUGGGGUACGUGCAUGGGCAUGCAGCUGCUGACUGUGCUGGUGGCCGGAGAAGACCUGCUGGAAAGAACCUCAGCUGAGAACAUAGCGAUGCCCCUCGACCUGACCCCAGAGGCCAGUUCUAGUAGGAUGUUUGAGGGUUUCCCCGACAAUCUUAUGAAGGCUUUGACUUACGAACCACUCACUGGCAAUUUUCAUAACUAUGGAGUGGCAGUCAAGACCUUCCAGGAAAAUGAGAAGCUGCAGAGUUUCUUCUCCCUGCUGUCUACAAAUGUGGCUGAGAAUGGAGUCCGCUUUGUUUCAACCAUAGAAGGUAAAACACAUCCCUUCUAUGGAGUGCAGUGGCACCCGGAGGUGAAUCGUUUUCAGUGGAACAUCAGGCUGAACUUUCCUCACUCGGCUCACGCUGUUCACUUAUCGUCUCUUCUGGCCGAGUUUUUUGUCAAUGAAGGAAGGAGAAGUUUACAUCACUUUGACAAUCCCGAGGAAGAGGCCUCGUCACUGAUUUAUAACAACACGCCCGUCUACGCUGGAAACUUCACAGCAUAUGAACAGCUCUAUUUCUUCUGAAAGCCUCCAGCAGCUCGGCCCAUUUCACUCUGCAUGUGCCACAAAGCACUUUGCAUACAGUCAUGGGGGGUUUUAGUCUGCUGUUGUUGUUCUUAUUUGUAUAAAUACACUUUUUUUUGUCAUUUUGGAGAUUGACUUCUUUGUAUUAGAACAUCUGGAUGGGUCUUAGUAAGUUGGUAAGUUAGUGAAGUAAAAAGCUAUUUCAACUAA